UAUGUGUUUUGUUUGUGAAAAUUUUUUGUACCAUUAUGAGUAAUCAAAAUAAUGAUUCACCAACAAAAGAAUUUUACAAUGGACGUUACAUCUUUGUUACCGGAGGCACUGGGUUCAUAGGUAAAGUUCUUUUACAUAAACUUCUUGUGUCAUGUCCUCAAAUAGAACGCAUAUACCUGCUUCUACGAAAUAGACGAGACACUGAUAGCAUAUCAAGCAGACUUUCAAAUCUAUGGUCCUCACCAGCUCUCAACUAUUUAGAGCAGCUUGAUCCUAAAUAUAAAGAUAAAAUAGUUCCUGUGUCAGGUGAUCUUUCUAAACCUCAACUUGGAAUAGGAUCGGCAGAUUUGAUCAAUUUAAAAAACCAAAUAUCCAUUGUCUUUCAUUUGGCUGCUACAAUAAAGUUUGAUGAAACCUUGAAAAAUUCAGUAACAAUUAAUAUGCUGGGGACAAAACGUUUGUUGGAGUUGUGUCGUGACAUGGAAAAAUUAGAGGCCUUAGUGUACGUGUCUACUGCUUUCAGUAAUUGCGAUCGAUUUGUCAUAAAUGAGAUGUUGUAUCCCUCAAAGUAUGAUCCUGAACAUGUCAUAAAGUGCACCCAGUGGAUGGAUGAUGAAACUUUGAAAGUUAUAACACCUCUUCUGCUUGGAAAACACCCCAACACAUACACAUUUACUAAAGCCAUGGCUGAGAAUAUUCUUCGCACAGACGCGGCCGGCAUACCGACCGCUAUUGUUCGGCCGUCAGUGAUACUGUCUUCAGUGCAGGAGCCUUUUCCUGGUUGGCUGGACAACUUCAACGGACCCAACCGGCUGAUAGCCAUGUGCAGUCAAGGCCUGUCUCGUUCAGUCAUCUGCGAUAAAACAAAACAAGCUGAGGUUGUUCCUGUUGAUUUUGUUGUAAAUGUGAUUGUUUGUGCGGCCUGGCGCAUUGCAACAACAAGACCAAAGGAAAUAGUCGUCUACAACUUCUGUUCUAGCCAACUCAAUCCAAUAAACUUUGAAACUUUUGUAUCAUACUCUCUGAAGUCGAUGAAGCUCCACCCUAGUGAGAAAAUUGUUUUCAAUCCAAACUUGACUUUAUACAAGAGUAAGAUGAGACACAAUCUACUGUACCUGUUGUUCAAUAAACUGCCUGCAUUGGUGUUGGACACUUUGAUUCUUUUGAAAGGAAAACGUCCAUACCUUGCUGAUCAAAUUAAGAGAAUGACUAGCAAAAUGGAAUGCCUGGAGUUCUUUCUCCUUAACGACUGGCAUAUAUUGGAUUGCAACGUUCAAUCACUGAAUUUAAGUCUGACACCAAAAGACAGAGAUGAAUUUCCAUUUGACGUGACCCUCAUUGAUUGGGAGGCAUACAUCAACAAUUAUGUUCUUGGAGUAAGAAAAUUUCUCCUCAAAGAAAAAGAUGAGUCAUUACCAGUUGCCACAAAGCGCCUUCGUCGAAUUAUGACUAUUUAUUGGCUUGUCAAGUCAUUCUGCAUCAUAUUCUUUGUCCUUAAAAUUGCACAAAAAUCAAGCUUUUUCACAGAUCGCUUGUCUUCCUUAUUACUGUACCUUAUCAAGCUGCUUAGAAUGUUCAGAUUUUAAUUCAAAUCAUAAUGUCAGAUUCAGAAUGUUGCAUUAGCUCAACAUUCAAGUAUUCUUAUCAGAGUAAAGAAGUAUUUCUUGUA